AUGGGCACCACCCUUCAAACUACCGAGAGAUACACAGACUUGAAAGCACGAGGUGUUGGUGCGUUUGGGGUAAUCUGCUCGGCGCAUGAUUCAAUGGCCAACCGAACGAUGGCCAUAAAAAAGAUAGGGAAACCCUUUGAAAGCUCUUCCCGGGUCAAACGCACAUAUCGCGAGGUUCAUUUGAUGAACAACCUAAAACAUGAUAAUUUGAUCAACAUGACGGACAUCUUCAUCUCGCCAGCGGAAGAUCUUUAUAUUGUGAUGGAUUGUUGCAUGACAGACCUUCAUCAUUUGAUCCAAUCAAGGUCAAAGCCAUUGGAGGACAGGUUCACCCAGUUCUUCACCUACCAACUGCUGCGAGGGUUAAAAUUCAUUCACUCUGCUGGUGUCAUCCACCGUGAUGUCAAACCUAGCAACAUUUUGAUCACAGAGAACUGCGACUUGAAGAUUUGUGACUUUGGUCUAGCUCGAGAACAAGAUCAUCAGAUGACUGGCUAUGUCUCCACACGAUACUACCGAGCUCCAGAGAUCAUGUUGACCUGGCAGAGAUACACCUACGCGGUGGAUAUUUGGAGCACUGGUUGCAUUCUGGCAGAGAUGCUCCUAGGAAAGGUCUUCUUACCGGCAAGGGACAAUGUGCAUCACUUCAAACUGAUCACUGAGAUCUUUGGGAAGCCGCCCAGAGAGAUUAUGGAGACAGUCUACAGCGACAUUACGAUGGAUUUUGUGAACUCUCUACCUGAAACAAAACCCCGGUCACUUGGAGCUACAUUGGGAGAUGUUGACCCUGAAGCCGUUCAUCUCUUGGAGAAAAUGCUGGAUAUAGAUCCACAAAAGAGAAUCACGGCGGAUGAUGCCCUAAGCGAUCCAUACGUUUCGAGCUAUUCGGACUCUAAUGACGAACCCGAGUGUGAGAAACAAAUUGACUUGUCUUUGUUGGAUUCAGAAAUGACUACAGAUGAAUGGAAGAGCAAAAUGUAUUUCGAGAUUUUGAACUAUCACACUGGUUCUUAUAACUGGGAAGACACUGACCCCAAAGCUCACGAGGGAAGAUUUGAGGAUUGGCUGCGCCAGGAGAUAAUGAAGGCCAAGCGAAAUGAACCUCGGCAGCCUCGGCCGGAACGUCGACCUUCUCUCCUCUUGAUACUUCUUUUAACUCUCUCCUCUUCCUCCCCUUUGCUUGAAUUAUUCCUCGUCUCUAUCCUAAUUCUGUACAGUCUUCCAAUCUCUAAACCUUCAUACAUAAUGGCUGCUGAUCGUUUAAGCUCACUCCUGAGCCACCUCAAGCCCGGCGCCGCCAACGGCCUCGCUGCUAUUACACAGAAGAACCCCGACGAUGUGGUCAUCACCCUCGCAAUCCGCACACCGCUGACCCGGGCGCGUAAGGGUGGAUUCAAGGACACAGAAUUGGACUAUCUCCUCUACGCCCUGUUGAAGGAGACUCUGGCCAAGUCACAGAUUGACCCUGCUCUGAUUGAGGAUGUCUGCCUCGGCAACGUCAACGAAGUCAAGGCCGCCUACAUGGUCCGCGCCGCAGCUCUUGCCGCCGGCAUCCCCCACACAGCCGGUGCCUCAACAGUGAACCGCUUCUGCUCGUCUGGACUGAAGGCGGUGCAGGAUAUUGCGAACCAGAUCUCGAUGGGCGCCAUCGACAUCGGUCUCGCUAUGGGUGCCGAGCUCAUGUCCGCUCCUGGCGAACGCCUGGAGAAGCCAUUCAACGAGGAGGUCCUGCGCAACCAGGAGGCUGCCGACUGCAUGCAGCCCAUGGGCCAGACAUCCGAGAACAUCGGCAAGGACUUCGAUGUCCCCCGCGAACAGCAGGACCGAUAUGCUGCCGAGUCUUUCCGUCGUGCUGAGGCUGCUCAGAACAACGGUUGGUUCGCUGACGAGAUUGUUCCUAUUCCUACCAAGGUUAAGGAUCCCAAGACUGGCGAGAUUACGGAGGUGAUUGUGUCCCGUGAUGAUGGUAUCCGUCCCGGUACGACCUUCGAGUCGCUUUCCAAGAUUCGCCCUGCGUUCCCGCAGUUCGGUGACAAGUCCACUGGUGGAAACUCCAGCCAGGUCACCGAUGGUGCCGCGUCUGUCCUUCUCAUGCGCCGCUCCAAGGCUAUCGAGCUGAACCAGCCUAUCCUGGCAAAGUUCUGCGGCGCUACCGUUGCCGGUGUGCCCCCUCGCGUUAUGGGUAUCGGCCCAACUGCCGCUAUCCCCAAGCUGUUGAGCAAGUUCCAGCUUGACAAGAAUGAUAUCGACAUCUACGAGAUCAACGAGGCUUUCGCCUCUAUGGCUGUCUACUGUGUCAAUACCCUUGGUCUUGACCACGCCAAGGUCAACCCUCGUGGCGGUGCUAUUGCCAUUGGUCACCCUCUCGGCGCAACAGGUGCACGCCAGAUCGCGACCAUUCUGAGCGAGGCUCGUCGCACAAAGAGCAAGAUUCUGGUCACUUCCAUGUGUAUUGGAACUGGUCAGGGUAUGGCUGGUCUCUUUGUUAACGAGCAGCUGUAA